GUUUACAGGUUAGAUCAUUUUGCGUUGAAAACAUAUUUGUUUACUCAUCAUUUGCUGAAACCACUCAAAGAUAAUAAUGUUAAAGCCUGUCAAGACAUUUUUGAUUACGAUUUUGAUAUGGUAGAUAGUAAUCAGUUAUCUAAAACUGGUUCUUUUUCUAGUGUUGCUGGGUAGCCGGGUUGGCUACAUUUACAUUAUUUUACUGGUUUCGAGACUUGAAAAAAUCCCAUGUGAUAAUGAUAAGCUAGCCGGAGUUUUUAAUUUAUUGAAAUUGAUCUCAAGAUCUUUUUUGGUGUGUCAUCCGAAAAUAUUUUACAAAUCAACUAGAAUCUGCAUCUGCAAUCAUGUUUGCCAUGAAGUAUUUGCUGCUGAUUUUGGUUUCAAAUAUUAUACCGUGCUUCUUUUCAUUCCCCAAAGUGGGAAUCCAAAUCAAGGAGGAACCGAACCCUCCACAGACAACCGCAUCCGUAGAACCAGCUAAAGCGAGAUCACUUGAACCAAAACAAGACAGCGUUUUCGACCAUCCUGCUCUCAGUGUGCCAAUACAAGUCAAGCCAGAAGCCAAGGAGCCAGUUGAGCUGCCCACAAAAUUUCGAAUUCACAUCCACCAAAACAACUCCUACCACGAUAUUGAAGUGCCAAUCAGUGCUGAGGCCGACCGCAAGCAAUUGCACGAUCUCAUUUUCGAAAACAGCAAACAGGGCAUGUUAUCUCAACCCAAGUGUGAUAAAACCGAGGGAAAAAAUUGUCAAGACCACAAACGGUUCAAUGAUGUUGAUUUAUCGGAAGAGCCUGGUUCCAGAAACAAAAUGGUCCAAAACUUCAAGGGGCCUUUGAUUACUGUUCCGAGAGGCAGCGAAAUCUUUCCUCAUCACCACAGCGGCUCCGGUACAGUGAUCUCUAGUGGAGUUGCAAAUGAGAGUAGUAUUCCUCUCCCUGAACAUAAGAGUAUCUCAGUCAACACUCCUACUCCCUCGACUACACAGUUCAUGCCAGAUGAAGAGUUCCCCUAUGAUAAAGCAGAAAAGUUCCACACAACCACUCCGGCUGUUGAGUUCCCCUACAACAAUAGCAUACCAGCUGACAAGUUUCCGAAUCCGUUCUACCAUCCGACGACUUCUAAUGAAAUGACAACCCCAAACCCGACCAACAACCAAUCAAAUGCUGACGAUGAAAGCGAUGCUUAUGUGGUCUUGGAACUUGUCGUUGCCGUCAUCUUUUUCGGAUCGUUCUGCUCCAUUCUGUAUUACUUCUAUGCGGGAAGUAUUCGCAGCUGCAAUCGAAGACAGAUUCUGAUUGAGGAGGACGAAGAGGAAGGAAUUCGCAUGGAGAUGAAUCCUCGCAACACCGAGGAGGAGGAGAAUGACGAGGGGAACGAGGGGGAGACUGACGCAAUGGCAGUGGCCCCGCUCUAGGUCCAGCGUAAGUCAGCGUCAUAAUUAAAGUAAUUUUCACUUAUAACAUCUUAUGAAUAUUAUGAUUUUAUUAUUUUCAAGCUAUUAUGAUUUUAUUAUAUUCAAGUAAUUAUGACUUUUUUUAAUUGAACUAUAUCGAUUUAUAGUUUUUAUGACGAUUGAUUUGAGUAAUUAUGAUUUUAUAUUAUCCAAGUAAUUUGAAAUUGAGAAAUUUGACUUCCACUAAGAUGUUGUGGUACAUGUUUAUGAUUUGGAUUAUACAGGGUGGUUAUAAAAGGACUUUACAACUUUGAAAGCACAUAAGUAUUUAUUGACAACUUACAGAAUUGAUAAAGGUGUCAUUUUGUUACAAAACUCUUGAAGUUUAAGGUGUGGGUGUUAUUUUGGUUCGAUGAGACAGCCGUUGGUAAUGCGACAUACAUUUCACCGAUAAUCGAUUUCUUGCCGCACUCGUACCAGCAUCGAUCCAAUCUCGUACCACACUCGUAGCGAUCCGAAUGUGAUCCAAUUACGGAGGUCAUAGUCUGGUAGAGACGGAGCAUAAACCUUAUCCUUAAUGAAACCCCAUAGGAAGAAAUGAAUCGGUGUUAAAUCCGGUGAGCGAGGUGACCAUGCAAUUGACCCUGCUUGGUAAAUUCAGCUAAGUUUAGGAUUUUCUAGACAUUCCUUUUCAACUUUCAGCUGGAUAGGUCGUGAAGGGCCAAUUAAUUGCAUGGCCACUUCGAUCACUGCAUUUAACACCGAUGCAUUUCUUCCUGUGGGGUUUCAUUAAGGAUAAUGUCGCAUUACCAACGGCUGUCUCAUCGAACCAAAAUAACACCCACACCUUAAACUUUAAGAGUUUUGUAACAAAAUGACACCUUUAUCAUUUCUGUAAGUUGUCUAUAAAUACUUAUGUGCUUUCAAAGUUGUAAAGUCCUUUUAUAACCACUCUGUAUUUUGUUUAUGAUUUGGAUUAUAUUUUGUUUAGGCAUUAAGUAAUCGAACUAUAUCGAUUUGUAGUUUUUAAGAUGAUUGAUUUGAUUAUAUAUGAUUUUAUAACAUUCAAGUAAUUUAAAAUUGAGAAAUUUGACUUUCACUAAGAUGUUGUGGUAUAUGUUUAUAUUUUGGAUUUUUAUUUUGUUUGGGCUCUAAGUAAUCGAAAUAUAUCGAUGUGUAGUUUGUAAGACGAUUGAUCAAUGUAGAUCUAUUAAAAUUAUUGGAGAAUUUUUCUUAGACGGCAGGAAUUAGUUGACUGGGCUCAUAUUUUAUAAUAUUAUUCAUAACUUUAGAUAGAUGGCAGAAACUGGUUGACUGGCACCAUAUUGUUUAUGUUAUACAGAUUUGGACGACUGAAGUUAUCUGAACCUCAGGAUUUGUAUUUUUAUGAAACAUUUGCAUAAUUUUUCUUAGACGGCAGAUAUUUAUGGAAUAUCCAUCUUGCAUUACCUUUUUAUUUAUGAGAUUCGUAUUUUUAUAAAACGAUUGAACUAUCUACAUUGAUCUUCUAGUUUUGUAUUUUAAUUUAAAUAUUGCAACAUUUUCAUCAGACAAACGGAAUUAGUUGAUCGGGUUCAUCUUGAAAAUUCAUUGUUUUUUAAGAUUUGCGUUCUCAUAAAAUUCAUGAAAAUAGAUUUGUAUUGGCAGAAUUUUCAUAAGGCAGAAGAAAUUAGUUUACUUUGCUCACUUUGCGCAAUAUAUUUAUGAUGAUGAAAAGUUUCAUAAAACGACUGAAGGUCAUUGAUCUUAAAAAAUUGUAUUCUCAUGAAACUAUUACAGAAUUUCCAUCAGGCAGUAGAAACAAAUUGGCUGAGUAUAACUUAUUUUGCACAAUUUAUUUAUGAUAAGACUGCUAAGGUACAUCAUUCUUAAACACUUUUAUUUUCAGUAAACUAUUGCAAUUUUUUUAUUACAUGGUAGACAUUGGGUCCAUCUUGCAAAUAUAUGUAUGAUGUAAAUUUUUGUAAGAUGACAAAAAUAAAGUAAGUUCAUAGUAUUUCAAUAUUUGUAUUUUUAUAAAAUUAACUGAAAAUAGAUUUGUAAUUGCAGAAAUUUUAUAAAGCGACUGAAUUUCAUUGAUACUCAUCAAACUAUUGCCGAAUAUUUCUAAGAAAGUAAAGAAUUAAUAAUCAAGAGAGUAGGAUAAUUAUUCGAAUUGGCUCAUCCUGAGCUAUUUAUUUUUAAACCAAUUUCAUGUUUAUUCCUCAAAACUAUUGCAUGUUUAUUUUUUAAGACUAUUGCAUGUUUAUUUCUCAAUACUAUUGCAUGUUUAUUUUUCAAGACUAUUGCAUGUUUAUUUCUUAAGACUAUUGCAGAAUUGCAGAGAUUAGAUAGUUAGGCUCUUCCAGCACAAUAUUUCGUCAUACUCAUGCAUUUUUAUAAGACUAUUGUAGAUUCAAGAUCAUUACAAGAAUUAGUUGACUUGCAGAAGCAAAUUGAUAUUCAGGACAUAUUCUUGUAAGAGAAUUUGAAAAAAACAUUAUUUUAUACAGAAUUUACUUGCGUUGAAUAAUAAAAUAGGAUUUUUUAAAGACAAGUGAACUUUUCUUGUACAAGUUCCGCAUGUUCCGCAUUGAUUUUUACAUGGACAUUGAUCACCUUGAUUUAUAUUUUCAUAAGACUAUUCAAGAAUGUACAACAUAUACGACAGAGAAAUUUGUUGGCUACACUCAUUGUUUGCUCAAUUUGAUGAGAGCUAUGGUUAUGGGUAAGCUACUAAAAAGAAAAAUAUUCAACUCAAUUACAAUUCAAUUUCAUUCAGAAAUAAAUACAUUACAUAAUAAACAAAAAUUAUUAAAAGUUUGAAAAUAAAAAAUGAAAAUUUAAUUAUUAAUAUUGAUAGUAAGAAUUGAAUAAGAAUAUUGGAGAAUAUUUUUUAUUGAUAAUAACAAUUCAAAUUUAUUCAUAAAUAAAUAUACUACUCAAUAAAUAAACUUAACAAGUGUAAAAAUAGUAAAUUUAAAUGUAAUAUCAAUAUUGACAAUACUAAUAAUGAUAACAUUGAUAAUUAUAUUAAUAUAUAAUAUUAAGACGAUAGGUUUCAAGAAAUGAAACAAGACACAAUUUUGAGUAGAUCUCGGAAUUGCACUACCACACCAAACGAAUUUCCGAAAUGUGCUGGCAAAAGAUAAAAUAAAUAACUAAAUAAAACUAUCGAAUUAAUUUUGCAAAAUGAAUAAGAAAUUACACAAGUUAUAAAUGGAAUUCAAACCAAUAACUUGCUAACCUAUCAAAUAUGCAUUCAGCAAAAGUUAUUUUUUACUGAUUCUGAUCAAACAAGUAUGUGUUUGACUCCAAAAGCAUUCAGACUUAACCUCAAACGUAAAAACCACGUAUGACUCCAGUAGUAUAAUAUCUCUCCACAUCUACAGAUAUGAUCAUGAUGUAUUUUUUUAGGGCUACUCAAUAACACUUAACAAAAAAACUUAAGUCGAAAGAUGUUGUUUUUUUCUAAUCUAAAGGUUACUAGUUAUCUAUUCAUUAAACAAAUAUAUAUUUUUAUAUACGGUGGUGUUAUGCAUGUGAUAUGUUGUAAGUGAAGACUGAAUAACUUUCAGAGUCAUUUUGAAUAAAUAAUAAUAGUACUAAAUAAUAACUCUAAGUACGGUACUAAUAAAGUUAGUAACUGUUUGUCAUCUCCUAUAGUAAUAUUCACUCAGAAAUAUCAGUUUUGAGAGCGUUUUUUGUAAGGACAGUUCAACGCCUUGUACACACCACUGCGAUUUGCAUGACGGCGCCGGCGAGAAAUUUAACUAAGUUUAACAAAUUUAACCGCCGGUUAAAAAUUCUUCCACUUCCGUCAUCGCAGUGGAGUGCACAUGGUUUAAACAGAAUCUCUCAGUUUAGAUAGUCAGUGCUUGGAGAAGCAAUUAGAAGCUUGAACUUGAAAAUUAUUAGGUAGGUUAUAAGUUUUUCUUUCAAGUCCAAGUCUGUCCAAGUGAGAUUUAUAGUGCAUGUGCAUUAAUUGUUAUGUUACUUUAGUCAAAUUGUUAGCUCCAAUCGUAAUACAGUAAUUGUAAUGAUAUAGUUUUGGUAGAGCUGAUCAUAGUUCCUGUAGCAUGAGAAAUAGAUUGUUAAUGUAGACGUUUUCUAUUACUUCACUUACAGUAUCAGUAAAGAGAAUUAUAUUAAAUUUAAGAGGCCUCUUCCACUUUCACAAUAGUACUUUCAAUUUACUCUUCAAGUCUGGACGCGUUGCCUCCUUGUCUGCUGAAGAUGGUGCUCAGUGCCCUGAAACACGUCCAAAAUUGAAAAGUAAGCUGAAAGGACUAUUGUGAAAGUGAAAGAAGUACUUCUUAGAAUUUUGUAAUUACCAAUAGUUCAAGUUGUAUGCACCUUUGAAGAAAUUAAAUUCUUUCAGUCAAUUCAAAGUAUUCAUACUAAACUUGAAAACAUUCUUCCAUCCAUGCAUAAUCUUUGUCAAUUAAUUAUUCACUUCCAAUUUUGUACCGUAUAACUCUAACGAUUUAUUUUGAAUCCCUUUAAACGUAAUCGUAAAUAAGGCUCAAUAAAAACUAACC